UUCUCGUUGCCCUUCUUUCCUGCAGACGAAGUCAUAAGGAAGCGUCUCCUGAUUGAUGGAGACGGCGCUGGAGAUGACCGCAGAAUCAAUCUGCUGGUGAAAAGUUUCAUCAAGUGGUGCAACUCUGGAUCCCAAGAAGAGGGGUACAGCCAGUACCAGCGCAUGCUGAGCACGCUGUCGCAGUGUGAGUUCUCGAUGGGCAAGACUCUGCUGGUGUAUGACAUGAACCUCCGGGAGAUGGAGAACUACGAGAAGAUUUACAAAGAAAUAGAAGGCAGCAUUGCUGGAGCACAUGAAAAAAUUGCUGAGUGCAAAAAGCAAAUUCUUCAAGCAAAACGCAUACGAAAAAAUCGCCAAGAAUAUGAUGCUUUGGCAAAGGUAAUCCAGCAUCAUCCAGACAGGCACGAGACCCUAAAGGAACUAGAGGCUUUGGGGAAAGAAUUAGAGCACCUUUCACAUAUUAAAGAAAGCGUAGAAGAUAAGCUGGAACUGCGGCGGAAGCAGUUUCAUGUUCUUCUCAGCACCAUCCACGAACUCCAGCAAACCCUGGAAAAUGAUGAAAAGCUCUCAGAAGUAGAAGAAGCUCAAGAGACAAGCCUAGAAAUGGAUCCUAAGCCAUAGCAGGUUCACCGCUCACCUUUCCCAAGAAUAUUCAAAUAGCUCCGUGAUCUUAGUGUGUUCAUAGUUGUGCUGUGGCAGUAUUUUUAAGUUUUGGCAGUAAGUGCUUUGCUUUUAAACAUUCUCACCUCAUGGCUUCACACAAAGGAAAAUGACUUCAGUGUAUUUUUUUAAUUGAAUUUUUUAUUCUUACAAGACAGAAAGCAACACUGAAAUAUGUCUAAUAAAGUGUGCCUAAAGCUG